CCCCAUAUAAAUUUCGGUUAACAAAAAACCAAAAAAAAAAUUUGCCCAAAAACUUCAAGGUAUAAAUGGCUAACUCUGGCACGCCCAGGGCAACUUCAACUGAUACAAAUGGCUUGGAGCUGCAACAGCUGAUAUUACGCAGCUAUAAAUCGAUGAAUAGACUAGUUAGCUUCUACAAUGGACAACUGCAUGAUGAGCUGGAUAAUCUAAUGACAUCCAUACAGCAGGAACAACGCCAAACUCGUUGCAUCAGUGAACACAGUUCACAGCUAACGGAAGCACUUGAUUUGAAAUGUUUGGCAGGAUUCAAUAGGCUCAGCCAGAACCUGAUGAUGCGGCCCAGUUGCAGCAGCUUGGAGUUCAAUAGCAGUUCUAAAUUCCGGCAACUUUAAGACAUCUACAGAACUUGGUUCAAUAAUAGUUUAUUGAAUUAAGGCACAGUGCCAUUACACAAUGAAUUGAGCACAUUUACCGAUUGUUCUUUUUCAACAAGCUACUGAGUAAAUGGUUUUAUCAAUUAUUAAAGGUGAAAUAAACAUUUUUUAAUUUA